AUGAGGGACUUCGCCUCCUCGAGCGCGACCACGACUUCGCUUUUGAAGAAGAAACUCGUCCGUCGUUCUUUAUCGGUCACUGUUAUUGGAUUUUUCCUGUUCCUCUACGUGGACCAGUUGCAAAAGACGGAGAAGUACGCGUGGAUGCGACGGAUGACAUUUCGAGUCCCGAAGUCUCACGAGAAGAGGAAUCACUUACCGGUAGGCGGGACGCCGAAGAAUCACGAGGAUUACGACGACAUCAUCAUUCCUCGCGAGGACGACGACGACGAGGUUGGUAAUAAUGGUAGAUGGGAGGAUAGGAGUAGUGAUAGGAAGAAGUACGUGCCGCCGUUAGGAGAGUUGCGAUUUGAUGAUGAUGAUGUCGAGAGAACCACCACCCGUAGCGAGGAGGAGGAAAAUGUGCCACCCUUGCCGGAUUUCCCUCCGCCGCCGAAUGUUUCGCCACCACCGGUGACGGCAGAAAUGGAGAGGAAAUUUCACUCGCAAAGUAAAGUUCGGGUGGAUAAAAUGUCCUUUCCAAACGCUCCGGAUGAGUUGAUCGAAGUCGUCAAUCGCAUGGGCUUACAUCGCGGCAGCGCGGUGGUGGUGUCGUUCGCAAACUCGCAUCACAUAGAGUUAGCGGUGAAUUUCAUCUUGUGGGCGAAAGCGAUUGGGAUGACGACGUUGAUUGGUGCUUUAGACGACGACGCGUUCGAGAUUUUGAAGAAAACAGUUGGGGACGAAUCGCACGGUGGCGAAGGACAGGCGUUUACCUAUCGCGUGGACCACCACUUGGAAGCGCAAGGAAGUUCGCACGCCUCGAAGGCGUGGAAGAAUUUUGCAAAGAUGCGCAUUUCGCACGCGACGAGUUUACUCGAGUUUGGGUUUGAUGUCGUCAUGUCUGACGCGGACGUCGUUUGGUUGAAGAAUCCCGAGGAGUACUUGAAAUGCGAGAAGGUGAGCGAAGACGGGAAAGUGGUGGAGAAUUUAUCGUUCGAUAUCGACGGGUGUGAAGAGUUGAAAGCCGCCGACGUGAUUGUGUCGAGCGAUAAUUUAUCGCCGACGUCGGACGAGAGAGACGGUGGGAAUUACGCCAAAGGAGGCGUCUUUAACACCGGGAUUGUGUUUUUGAGACACACGAAAGGUGGGAUUCAAUGGGCGAAGCAAUGGAACUUGCAUUUGAGCGCGACGGAUGGAAGGUUUCAUCGAUUAACCAGCGAUCAACAGGUGUUCAACGCGAUGUCGAGGAAAGAAAACGCGUGGCCUGGUUUGGAGGUGAUGCGCAUGGAUGGAACGCGAACUCUCGGGCCGAAGGAGAACAAGCGCGUCUUGGUCGCCGCGGAAGGGGACACGUUGUUAGGAGUGUUUCCAGUGGCGAAGUUUAAUCCCGGUCACGUGUACAUGGUGCAAAAAUUUCACGAGAAGGAAAAGAAGACGCCGUUUGCGGUACACGCGACGUAUACUUUUGACGGCAGUUCUGGCGAUGCAAAAAAAUGGAGGUUCAUGGAAGCUGGACUGUGGCGCGUCCCUGAAGAAGAAAGAGAAGAAAAGUUUAUCACGUUUGACGCUUCCGCUCACUUAUGGGACGACGACGCCGUCGACGACCACGGCGCCAUCUCUUCGCACGACACGCCCUCUAUCACCGACCAUCUCGUCGCCGGUUCUGGACACAUUAAAGCCUUGGCGAACGCUAUGGCCGUCGCAGCUUCGUUGAAGCGAACGCUAUUGAUCCCGCCGAUGCCGUGUUGGUGCGAUAAAGUUUGGGGCGGUCACGAUAACAUCUUCACCUUUCAGUGUCACUAUCCGGGCAGUCGCGAUAGCAACCACAUUCCGGGAACGUGUCCUUUGGACCAUUUCGUUUCGCCGUCAAAACUCGCGCGAGAGGCGAAAGUGAACGGAGUGAACAUCAAACCUUUAGGCGCGGCUCCAGAGAGCGUAAAAAUCAUGCGCGGCGAAUUCCCAACCUUGAAAGUUGGCGGCGGAAAGGAAGAAGAACAACAACACGGCGCUUCUUCGUUCGCCAUCCCGACGCACGCGACAGAGCUGGAAAUCUCAAAACUCUCCAACCGAUUACCGUUAGUAAUUAAACUCGAAACCACUCGAGACGCGUUCGGUGGUUUCACCGACCGCGCGAAAACAAAACAGUUCGAGCACUCCAUAAACGAUAUCGGUUUAUUUCCCGAACAGUGGUGUUCCGAAUGCCAUCCGCAGGGGUGUAAAAAUCUCAUCCCAGCCGCGACUAUCGCGAAAGGCGUCUUAAAGCCGGUGAGAGAAGUACACGACCAGUUUUGCGCGAGCUUCGAUAAAGCCGGGAAGUUUGAUGACAGCCACGACGACCACAUCGACGACAAAGAAGAUACUACUAAUAAUAAUGAUAAUGCUCGUAUUUAA